CAUAGAGAACAUUUAUAAUGUAGGAACAUAUAUUCGAAUCCUUACAUCCACAGCCUGUGCCAAGUGUCCAAGGGGUAAGUGCUGCUGCACUGCUGCGGAUUGCCGUACCACUGGCUGUAGAUGUCCCGGAUGUAAGGUGAAUUGUGCAUGUGUCUGUGCCAAGUGUUCAGGGUGUAGGUCUUGCUGUGCUGAAUCGGACUGCUGUUCCUCUGGCUGUAGAUGCUCCGGAUGUAAGGUCAACUGCGCAUGCUGCCCGGCAAAGAGUGCGACCUGUCCUGAUGGAAUUUGUAAGAUUGGGCUCGCUUGUGGAUGUGGCGAUUCCUGUAGAUGCAGUGACGCAUGCCCGUGCUCUACCUGUAAGGCAGGAGGGGAAUGUGCAGGUAUGAUGUUUAAAAAUGGUGCAAACCUCGUGUGUUCCAUGAAGUGCCAGUCAGGGAAAUGUUGUGGAACUAGGACCUGCUCCUGCAACUGCAAGUCUGCAUGCUCAAAGUGCAGAUGCGAUUGCGCAUCUGCAUCAUGCUGCGCCAAGUGUACGAGUGGUAGUUGUGGCUGUGCUGGUGCGACCUGCUGUAACACCAACUGUAGAUGCUCUGGAUGUAAGGUCAACUGCGCAUGCUUCGAGGCAAAGAAUGCGACCUGUCCUGACGGAAUUUGUCAGAUAGGGCGCGCGUGCGGAUGCGGUUGCAAGUGCAGUGAUGCAUGCCAGUGUUCUAACUGUAAGGCCGGAUGCAAAUGUGGAGGCACCAACUUCGUCUGUUCCGUAGAAUGCAUAUCAGGACAAUGUUGCGGAACCGCAGACUGCCAGUGUGAUGGGAAGUGUGCAUGCCCAAAGUGCAGGUGUAACUGCGCAUCUGAGGCAUGCUCGUGCGAUGCAGGCUGUACUGGACCAAGCACCUGCAAGUGUGCUCCUGAUUGCACCUGUAAGCAGUAAGCGGUGACAUCAUGAGAAAAUCCACAAACUAUAUUUAAUGGACCGUAACACUGUUAGCGGAACUUUGUAACAAACGCUUUUAUUUUAACUAAUUAUUGAAAUAAAUUUAUUUGUGAUUGUGAAAGACAUUCUUAACUAUCAACUGGUGACUUUAAUAUGGAGUAAUCAUUACUAAUUUACCUUUUUAUUCAGUUAUUGUAUGUUUUUCGUGGAGCUUUGUUUGAUUCACUACUAAUGAAAAUAAAUCAUGGUAUAAACUUU